GGGAUAUAUAUCCCGAUUCGAAUCUUGAUUAUAUCCCGAUCAGGAUUUGUAGCCCAAUCGGGAUAAUCGUAUAGCCCGAUCGGGAUAAAUAUCCCGUUUGGGAUAUAAGUCAUGACUCCGCACUGCCUGAUGAUUGCAAUGUGUUGAGAAUAGUGGAGACAGAUAUGAUAUCCCUGAUCAAGGCCAUCCUAAACUGCUGAUGGCUGGCCAUCUCUCCAUAUUGGACUGGGAGGAUGGAAACGUGCCUAAUACUCGCCAGAAUCAUCACUCGAUGUUCCACUGCUAUCCAUCUUCGUGAGUGAGUAUCAACCCUGCUUUUCUUCCACCUUUACAUCUCAGAAGCUCUCUUCAUACAAGAGAGAUCAAGAAUUCAAACUCUUGAUAAUGCAUAUUUGUUUAGAUGUGACACAAUUUCAAUCGCUUGCGAAUGAAGUGAUCCUUGAAAUCUUUGAAUAUUUCCAUCCUUAUGAUAUUCUCCACUCAUUCCUCCGAUUAAGCGAUCGUUUCGAUGGACUACUCGGCAACCUACAGUUUGAUCUCAACUUUCAAUGCAUCAGCACAUCCAGAUGUGACUUCAUCUCCGAACACUUUCCAUCAACAGCACAAAUUCGUUCUCUGCGUCUGUCCAAAGACACCUCCGAUUACGUUGACUUGUUCUUCACCCGCUUUCUCGAGAACAUAUUGGUAAAUCUUCGUUCUUUAUCCUUCUUCCACAUUAAAGCAGAACAAGUCAUCAAAGUCGUGUUGCCGCACUUCUCAUGCAUGACACAUCUGUGGUCGCUAAGACUGAUUAUGGAAUUCAGCGACCACCAGCACACAACGGCUGGUACUUCUUUUGAACCAACCACGGCCGUUUGCCUACUAGCAAACGCUUUGAAAGUAAACGACACUCUAACUCAGCUUUAUCUUGCAGAGAACCAAAUAACCGAGAGAGGAGGUGAAGCACUAGCAAAAGCACUGAAAGUCAACAACACUCUCACUCAACUUGACCUUUCACUAAACCAAGUAUCCGAUAGAGGAGGUGAAGCACUAGCCGAUGCACUGAAACUUGACCUUUCACUAAACCAAGUACCCGAAAGAGGAGGUGAAGCACUAGGCGAUGCACUGAAAGUAAACAACACUCUCAUUCUGCUUGAUCCUGGAUACAACGGAAUAUCCGAUAGAGGAGGUGAAGCACUAGCAGAAGCACUGAAAGUAAACAAUACUCUCACUCAACUUGACCUUUCACUAAACCAAAUAUCCGGUAGAGGAGGUGAAGCACUAGCAGAAGCACUGAAAGUAAACAACACUCUCGCUCAACUUAAUGUUUGGGGCAAUCAAAUAUUCGACACAGGAGUUGAAGCACUAGCAGAAGCACUGAAAGUAAACAACACUCUCACUCAGCUUGAUCUUAGCCAUAACCAAAUAUCCGAUAGAGGAGAUGAGGCACUAGGAGCAGCACUGAAAGUCAACAACACUCUCACUCAACUUGUUCUUAGAAGCAACCAAAUAUCCGAUAGAGGAGGUGAAGCACUAGGAGAAGCACUGGAAGUGAACAACACUCUCACUCAGCCUGAUCUUGCAGAAAACGAAAUAUCCGAUAGAGGAGCUGAAGCACUAGGAGAAGCACUGAAAGUAAACAAGGCUCUCACUCAACUUAAUGUUAGAUUCAACCAAAUAUCCGGCAGAGGAGGUGAAGCACUAGGACAAGCACUGAAAGUGAACAAGGCUCUCACUCAACUUGUUCUUAGAAGCAACCAAAUAUCCGGCAGAGGAGGUGAAGCACUAGGAGAAGCACUGAAAGUAAACAAGACUCUCACUCAACUUAAUCUUAGCCAUAACCAAAUAUCCGAUAGAGGAAGUGAAGCAUUAGCAGAAGCACUUAAAGUAAACAAGGCUCUCACUCAACCUAAUGUUAGAUUCAACCAAAUAUCCGGUAGAGGAGGUGAAGCACUAGCAGAAGCACUGAAAGUAAACAACACUCUCGCUCAACUUAAUGUUUGGGGCAAUCAAAUAUUCGACACAGGAGUUGAAGCACUAGCAGAAGCACUGAAAGUAAACAACACUCUCACUCAGCUUGAUCUUAGCCAUAACCAAAUAUCCGAUAGAGGAGAUGAGGCACUAGGAGCAGCACUGAAAGUCAACAACACUCUCACUCAACUUGUUCUUAGAAGCAACCAAAUAUCCGAUAGAGGAGGUGAAGCACUAGGAGAAGCACUGGAAGUGAACAACACUCUCACUCAGCCUGAUCUUGCAGAAAACGAAAUAUCCGAUAGAGGAGCUGAAGCACUAGGAGAAGCACUGAAAGUAAACAAGGCUCUCACUCAACUUAAUGUUAGAUUCAACCAAAUAUCCGGCAGAGGAGGUGAAGCACUAGGACAAGCACUGAAAGUGAACAAGGCUCUCACUCAACUUGUUCUUAGAAGCAACCAAAUAUCCGGCAGAGGAGGUGAAGCACUAGGAGAAGCACUGAAAGUAAACAAGACUCUCACUCAACUUAAUCUUAGCCAUAACCAAAUAUCCGAUAGAGGAAGUGAAGCAUUAGCAGAAGCACUUAAAGUAAACAAGGCUCUCACUCAACCUAAUGUUAGAUUCAACCAAAUAUCCGGUAGAGGAGGUGAAGCACUAGGAGAUGCACUGAAAGUAAACAAGACUCUCACUCAACUUAAUCUUAGCCAUAACCAAAUAUCCGAUAGAGGAAGUGAAGCAUUAGCAGAAGCACUUAAAGUAAACAACACUCUCACUCAACUCGAUCUUAGCCACAACCAAAUAUCCGAUAGAGGAGGUGAAGCACUAGGCGAUGCACUCAAAAUAUUCGAGGCAGGAGUUGAAACACUAGCAGAAGCACUUAAAGUAAACAACACUCUCACUCAACUUGAUGUUAGAUUCAACCAAAUAUCCGGUAGAGGAGGUGAAGCACUAGGAGAAGCACUGAAAGUCAACAACACUCUCACUCAACUAAAUCUUGCGCGGAACGAAAUAUCCGAUAGAGGAGGUGAGGCACUAGCAGACGCGCUGAUAGUCAACAACACUCUCACUCAACUUGUUCUUAGAAGCAACCAAAUAUCCGGUAGAGCAGGUGAAGCAUUAGGAGAAGCACUGAAAGUCAACAACACUCUCACUCAACUUGAUCUUGCAGACAACGAAAUAUCUGAUAGAGGAGGUGAAGCACUAGGUGAAGCACUGAAAGUAAACAACACUCUCACUCAACUUGACCUUUCACUAAACCAAGUAUCCGAUAGAGGAGGUGAAGCACUAGCAGAAGCACUGACAGUAAACAACACUCUCACCCAACUUAACCUUUGGGGCAACCAAAUAUUCGAGGCAGGAGUUGAGACACUAGCAGAAGCACUGAUAGUCAACAACACUCUCACUCAACUUGACCUUUCACUAAACGUAGUAUCGCAUAGAGGAGCUGAAGCACUAGGUCAAGCAAUGAAAGUAAACAACACUCUCACUCAACUUGUUCUUAGAUGGAACGAAAUAUGCGAUGAAGGAGCUGAAGCAGAAGCACUGAAAGUAAACAACACUCUCACUCAACUUGUUCUUAGAAGCAAUCAAAUAUCCGGUAGAGGAGGUGUAGCACUAGCAGAAGCACUGAAAGUAAACAACGCUCUCACUCAGCUUGAUCUUGCAGAAAACGAAAUAUCCGAUAGAGGAGCUGAAGCACUAGGAGAAGCACUGAAAGUAAACAACACUCUCAGUCAACUUAAUGUUUGGGGCAAUCAAAUAUUCGACACAGGGGUUGAAGCACUAGCAGAAGCACUGAAAGUAAACAACACUCUCACUCAACUUGACCUUUUACUAAACCAAGUAUCCGAUAGAGGAGGUGAAGCACUAGGCGAUGCACUUAAACGUUUUGAGUUGAGGGCAGCUUUUGGAAAUAGAUUUAUUGCCGGGCGAGUCACUAUUACAGCAUUAUAUGUUAGUACUACAGAAGCAUUUUAG